AUGCCUUUAACAAGAAGUCAGGCCAAGAUGGAGACCGAGAAAUUGAUGGAGCUGCUAUUAAGGAAGUUUGACGAGCAAAAAGUAGAACAAGAAGAACGAGACCGUAAACAGAAGGAAGAACAAGAACAACGAGACCGUAAACAGAAGGAAGAACAAGAAGAACGAGACCGCAAACAAGAAGAACGAGACCGUAAACAGAAGGAAGAACAAGAACAACGAGACCGUAAACAGAAGGAAGAACAAGAAGAACGAGACCGUAAACAGAAGAAAGAACAAGAAGAACGAGACCGUAAACAGAAGGAAGAACAAGAAGAACGAGACCGCAAACAAGAAGAGCGAGACAAGAAACAGGAAGAUUUACUAAAGACAAUUAAAUCUGACCUGAAGAAGGAAAAUGAAGACCUGAUAAAGACCAUGAAAGAUGACCUAAAGAAAGAAAAUGAAGACCUGAUUCGAACCAUGAAAGAUGACUUACUUAAUUUAAAAAAUAAUCUUAAAAAGGAGCAGGAGGAACGAGACAGAAAACAAGAGGAACGAGUUUUACAACUUAAAGAAGAUCUGGAGAAGAAUCAGAAACAAUUAAUGACUAACUUUGAAGCAACAGUAGAAGAAGAAUUGGGGCAAGUACAAAAAAAGAUCCAAGAACUAGAGAUGAAAGUAAAACGGACUCCUCUUCAUCCCGAUCCUGGAAUGCAAACAAUGAUGAAAGUAAAGCCACCAAAAUUCGACGGCAAAGAAGCUUGGAGUACCUAUUUGAAUCAAUUUGAGGCCGCUGCUAGGGGAAAUCGCUGGGAUAACGAAGAAAAGGCAAUCAAUCUUAAGCUAAGCCUUAGAGGAGAAGCUACAGAAAUAUUAAGAAUGGUGCCAUCUGAGGAUCAGCUCAAUUUCGACGUACUGGUGCGUACCUUAGAGAUGAGAUACGGUGAAGCCCAUCUACAACAAGUGUACCAGGCUCAAUUGAAAUCUAGAAGACAACAACCCGAGGAAGGACUCCAACAGUUUGAGGCCGAUGUUGCUCGAUUAGUAAAUCUGGCUUACCCUUCAGCCCCAACAGAGUUCCGAGAACAAAUUUCUAUAAAUUGUUUUAUUGACGGAGUUCGAGAUCCAGAUACUAACCACGCUCUAAGGAUGGCUCAUCAUAAAAGUAUAUCAGAAGCUUUGGCCCAUGGACUAGAGUAUGAGGCAGCUUUUCAAGCAACUAGAAGGCAGACACGAAUAAGACAAAUCAGAACUUCGGAAAGUGAUCUCGAAGACCGCCUAAAGAAGCUUGAAUCAUUAUUAGCGAGGAAACCUAAAAGACCAUUGCAAUGCUGGAAUUGCAAUGAGGAGGGGCACCUUAAACGUCAAUGCCCCAAGCCUUUAAGAGAUCCAAGGAACCAGGAAAACUUCAACUAG